UAUAAUCAUCUUUUACCCAAUUUAGGGUUUCAAAUAAACUCAGUCUCACACUCCUCCGCUUCGUUUUGUUUCUGCUUCUUUGUUUCCGUUCAGGAGAAAACCAUAUCGUAAUCUCUUCUUGGAUCUCACUGCGAGAUUCAACCUAAUGGCGAAGAAGGGUUCUUCAACGACGCCUUCUAGAAAAGCAAAAAAUAAAAAAGAAGAAUCUGUUCCAGAACAGAAUAAUUCAGCUUCUAAAGUGGCUGGUAACGAAAUCGACGAGAUAUUUGCAGGUAAAAAGAGGAAGAAACCCGACCCGAAAGGGUCCGAGAAACCGAACGGCGAUGAAAUUUCAAAACCCAAAUCGUCGAAAAAGAAGAGUAAAAAGAGUAAAGAAACCAACAGGGAAGGAGGAUUCAAUGAAUCUUCUUCUCGGCCUCGGAAAAGAACAGCAGAUGGUUUUGCAAUUUACACUGAAGAAGAAUUGGGUAUUAGUAAAUCUGAUGCUGGAAGUACGCCACUAUGCCCAUUUGAUUGUGAUUGUUGUUUUUGAUAAAUGGGAUUUUGGUUUUAAUUUAGUCUUUGUUACUUUAAUUUUCAAAUUUCAGAAAUUUGAGGGUUUUAGGCUAAAUAUGAUUGUUGUAUAACGCAAGGCAUGAAGUUUUUACAUGAAAUGCAAAUUUUGAUUCAUUCUCUUCCA